CCGGCGGGGUUCACUGCGCCUGCGCCCGGACUUGCAAGAUGGCGGACAGUGCGGAACUAAAGCAAAUGGUUAUGAGCCUUAGAGUUUCUGAACUGCAAGUACUUCUGGGCUACGCGGGGAGGAACAAGCACGGACGAAAACACGAACUUCUCACAAAAGCACUGCAUUUGUUAAAGGCUGGCUGCAGUCCCGCUGUACAAAUGAAAAUCAAAGAACUCUAUAGGCGAAGGUUCCCUCAGAAAAUCAUGACGCCUGCAGACUUAUCCAUCCCCAGCGUACACUCGAGCUCCAUGCCAGCAGCUUUGUCUCCGUCUACCAUUCCACAGCUCAGUUACGAUGGCCACCCCGCCACGUCACCAUUGCUUCCCGUUUCGCUCCUGGGACCUAAACACGAACUGGAACUCCCCCACCUCACAUCUGCGCUCCACCCUGUCCAUCCCGACAUAAAACUCCAGAAGUUACCUUUUUACGAUUUGUUGGAUGAGCUGAUAAAGCCUACCAGCCUAGCAUCAGAUAAUAGUCAGCGAUUUCGAGAAACCUGCUUUGCGUUUGCACUGACGCCACAGCAAGUGCAACAAAUCAGCAGUUCAAUGGAUAUUUCUGGGACCAAAUGUGACUUCACAGUACAGGUCCAGCUAAGGUUUUGUUUAUCAGAAACCAGUUGUCCACAAGAAGAUCACUUCCCACCCAAUCUGUGUGUGAAAGUAAAUGGGAAACCAUGCAGCCUUCCAGGCUAUCUUCCACCAACCAAAAAUGGUGUUGAACCAAAGCGACCUAGCAGACCAAUCAACAUUACCUCACUCGUCAGAUUAUCAACGACGGUACCAAACACAAUCGUUGUUUCGUGGACUGCAGAAAUUGGAAGAAACUAUUCCAUGGCAGUCUAUCUUGUAAAGCAGCUAUCCUCUACGGUGUUACUGCAGAGGUUGCGAGCAAAGGGAAUACGGAACCCCGAUCAUUCUCGAGCACUAAUUAAAGAGAAACUGACUGCAGAUCCCGACAGCGAAAUAGCAACAACAAGCUUAAGAGUUUCUCUUCUUUGUCCACUUGGUAAAAUGCGGCUAACUAUACCAUGUAGGGCCUUGACUUGUUCGCACCUGCAAUGUUUUGAUGCCACUUUGUACAUUCAAAUGAACGAAAAGAAACCAACUUGGGUUUGCCCUGUCUGUGACAAGAAGGCUCCCUAUGAACAUCUCAUUAUUGAUGGGUUGUUCAUGGAAAUCCUGAAGUAUUGUACAGACUGUGAUGAAAUUCAGUUUAAGGAGGAUGGAUCGUGGGCUCCUAUGAGAUCGAAGAAGGAGGUGCAGGAAGUAACUACGUCUUACAAUGGAGUUGAUGGAUGCAUAAGCUCUUCCUUGGAACAUCAGGUGUCUUCUCACCAACAAUCAAAUAAAAAUAAGAAAGUAGAAGUGAUCGAUUUAACCAUUGAUAGCUCUUCAGAUGAAGAGGAGGAAGAACCAUCUGCGAAGAGAAGCUGUCCUUCCAUAUCUCCAGCAUCACCGUUGAAUAAUAAGGGCAUUUUAAACUUACCACAUCAAGCAUCUCCUGUGUCAAGAACACCAAGCCUUCCAGCUGUUGACACCAGUUACAUCAAUACAUCGCUUAUCCAAGACUACAGGCAUCCAUUCCAUAUGACACCUAUGCCUUAUGACUUGCAAGGUUUAGACUUCUUCCCUUUCCUGUCAGGAGACAAUCAGCAUUACAACACAUCCCUUCUUGCUGCUGCAGCUGCGGCAGUUUCCGCCUCAGAUGAUCAAGAACUCUUACACUCUCGUUUUUUCCCAUAUACUUCAUCUCAGAUGUUUCUCGAUCAGCUAAAUGCAGGAGGAAGCAGUUCUCUGCCAGCCACAAAUGGUAGCAAUAGUGGCAGUAACAGCAGUCUUGUUUCCUCCAACAGCCUGCGAGAGAGUCAUGGUCAUCCAGUUGCAAGUAGGAGCAGCACGGACACGGCGUCUAUCUUUGGUAUCAUACCAGACAUUAUUUCAUUGGACUGAUUUUUGGAGCAAAUGAACUUGUUAGAGGAAGUCUUUGUGCUUGAUUUUACUUUAUGUUAGAAACAUAGACAAGUUUUUUUCCUUUUUUAGGGAAAAAAAUUUACAUGUACAGAGAACAAAACUAUAUUUUCAGUUUUACUUUUGUAUAUAAACCUAAAAUGGCCUCACUGGUAAAAAUAACAAAAAAAAAAAACAAAAACAAACAAAAAAAAAAACAAAAACAAGGAACUUCAGUUCAAUUUUAUGGAUGCUGAAGAUUUUACACCUGUGCAUUUGUCAUGUGAGUUACUUUUUUUUCCCCUUAGUUUGGACACAAAUGGCAUUAUUUUUCUUCACAGUAACAUAAAUGGGAAAGGAACUGAACUUUUGAAGUUCAAACUUGUAGGAGGAUUUUUUUUUUUGCCUCUUAGAGACAUUUAUAUAUGGUGGUGGAAUCUAAUUCCCCCAUCUCAUUUUUAGUGCAGUUUUUAUUAUGCUUGAAGUGGAAUAAACCCUACCCAGACUGUUCCAUACCAUUCCCUCUGUUUGCAGGACAUAGCCUUUCAGGACUGUGUUUUGUCAUUUCUGGUUCUAUGUGACCCUCUGUUCAGAUGACAUUUUUUUGGAACUCCGUGCUUUAAUCAAGCAUGUUGCAAGCUCAUUAGUGCACCAAUUACUCUUGAGGGCCAGACUCAAUAAAAUUCUAGGCUGAGAAAUUACUUGGCUGUGCUUAUGUGGGACAAGACAGAAUUUUUUAUAGAAUCUAGCCCCGAAUAAAAGCAUUGACAUAUUUGACUGUAGGUUUUUGUUUCUAAUAACUUACUAUGAAAUCCUUUUAAAAUAACUUAAAAUUCUAAUCGAAAUAUUAAGCAUGUGUCAGUUUUAACUUUGUGGAACUGCUUGUGCUUUAAAGUUAGCCAUGCGUGUAUAAGUGGCCUACUGAACCGAGGCCUAUCUUGUUCUGUCUGGGAAAACCUACUUUUAGCUGCCGUAGAUCAAAUUUCUGCUUGAAAGUGAACUUUUCAACAAAAGGAAGAAAAUACAAAUACCAAUGCACUAUUGCAUGGUUUGUGCAGCUGGUAAUGGUUUUGGUACACUGUCUCUUGAUUUCACAUUCAUCAAAAUUAUGUUGAUAUUAAAUGUUCAAUGCGAGUCUGUUAAACCAAAAACCAAUCCCAAAUGCCCUACCCUGCACUUAAAUGAAUCUCUACCUGUUGAAGUCUCUUAGGGUAGUGGGUUUCAUAUUCAGUUUUCUCUUUUUGGACUUGCAAUUACUGAUUUCCCAGUUUUUCAGUAUGUUUAUGUUGAACUUUUGAGCCACACUUACUUCCUGGUUUCUUUUCUGUUUUUUUAGGUUGUGCAUGACAUAGGAAAAUCUUUUUUUAAGAACUGGUGGAUCAUUUGGGCUGAUCCAUUCUUGUUACAGAGAGAAAUGUGUAAAUAGCUGGAAUGCAGUUUUUCAGGAGAUUCUUUAAAGUAAGAGUGGGGGGAGGGAAGGAGGUGAUUCUCUUGCGUCCCAAAGUCCACGUCAGAGAGAGUAAAUAUUUCCUCUGGUGUGAAAAAUAUUUUUUUAACUGGUUGAAAGUGCAGGUAACAAGUUUAUCAGGAAAGAGAGUAAGGAAUACUAAAAAUAGCAGAUUGUUGUCUGAAUUUUUAAUGUCCAAAACUGUUGAUUGCAGCUAGUUGCUUUGAGCAUUGACAAGGGCCACCUUUUGCCUAUGAAGUUGUCUCAAAAUCGUGCAUUACUUAAAAAAAGAAAAAAAAAAAGAAAAAAAAAGAAAAAAAAAAAAAAAGAAAAAAACUUUAAUCCAAGUAGCAUUAGGUAUUGCUGUAUGAUCAGUUGUAUGGUUAUUUGAAAGGUUCACAUGAUUAUGUGGCAUCAAAAUUGUUUUUAGUGUUUUUACAGCAUCCCUCUGCCACUAAAUAGUUGACUUGAAUUUUGAAAACAAAUGUUUGUGUUUAUAUGUAUAUGUGUGUGUAUAUAUGUAUUUAUAGAUCUGUGUGUGUGAGUUAAAAGUGAGUUAAAUAGUUUUUCCCAUGCAUGUGUAUUUCAUACAUAUCUGGCUGAUAUAUAUAUAUAUAUAUUUCACCAUACACCAGUUUUAUAAUUUAUUAAAUGUCAGUUAAAAAAUAAAUAAAAGGAUAGAAAAUGGGAAAUACUUAUUUUUUAAACUCAGUCUGAUUUGAAGUGAUUAAACCUACAUUAGGAAUAUGUCUCAUACAUUUUAGUCAUGAAUACUAACCUGGUAACUUCAGAGCAUAUGCUUUGCUGUAAUACCUUUUGUAAAUCUGGGGUAACUCUGGUCCUUCCCGACUGCCAUCCGUGUAACUGGGAGCGUGCGUGUCCCCAGCUGCUGGAGCACCUAAGAGAAAUUCUGGAGAGCUUUUGCCGGUGAUUGCACAACGUUUCCAUUGACUGUAUUGUUCAAGGUGAGCUGAAAAUCAGCUUGCGUCAGUUUUGACGAUGAUAUUAAAUCUUGUUAAUUCACGUAUAAAAUUAAUGGUGGCAAGUGUAUGGUAACACAGAAUCUGGCACCUUUAUGCCUGUGUUAGUUUUUGGAAAGUGAGGUCAACUGAUGUCUUCCACUUCCUCACAAGUUCCCCUGAAGGGAAGGAAGGCCGCUCAGUUCUCUGCUAACUCAUUUCCUAACCUCAUUGCCCUACAAAGAAGGGGGAGAAGUGUUCUCAAGUCCUCCUUUGUGGUAUUAAUCCCAUAUGCUUUGUGAGUUUUCCUGUUUCAUGCUAGGGUGUUCUUUAUAGUUGAUAAUUCUCUGUGCCUCUGACCACAGUUAACAUUACUUGGUAGAAGUCUCAGUCUGAGUUCUCGAAGUUCCCUGCAAAUGUGUCUCCAGAAGUUAAUCCCCGUUAGUUUGCAGUAACUGAAGGUGCAGUAAGGUGACCCAGCACGUGCCUGGCUUGCGGUACUGCUCGCUUCGCUGUAGCUUCCAAAGCUUCUGUAAUCCUUGGACUGGUGGCUUCGUGUCCUCAAAUUCUUCCCUAGAGGGGUUUGGGGUGUGCACGUGUCUGCGUGGUGUGUGUAGGUACAUAUACGCAUGGCGUGGGGAAAUGCUGCUCUUCGAAGAGCAGGGCGGAAGCAGCAGCUUUGAAUCACUCGCGUGGGCAUUAUUGGUGCAUCUUUUGAAAGAAGAACAUACGGAACAUACCGAACUAUAACCUAGAGCGUGUGUUAAAAGCACCGUGGUCCUUCCACAGUUACAGGCGAGAUAGCGAUUCCAGGCUUGCCCAUCACUCUCCAUGGCAAGGAUUCAGUAAGCCUUCCAAGGACGGGCUGGCUGAUAGGUUUUCCUUGGACUGUGUUGGAGCUGCCUCCUAACGCAGAGCUAAGGACUGGGAGGAGAACAAGUUGGAAGUUAAUUCUUUGCUGCAGUUCAACAUUUCAGGGUUUUAAGCACACUUUAAAUAUUUUCAGAAAGGAUUUUUUUCGUCAGUGUAACUGUUUUUCUUUUUUUUUUUUUAAACAGAGCUUAGAUUUCUAACAAGGGAAAAUUGCUGGUGGUCCCCGAAAGUGCUGCUGUUAAUUGUUUUAAUUAACAAAGGGAAAAAUGUAUAUAAGCAGAAUAUUAAAAUUACCAUUAAUUCCAUGAAUUUAAAUCUGUCAUUCAUUGCCUUAAAACUUUCUCUUAGUUUCCAUACGGCAUGCCAAACCAGUAAAUGGCUUUUAAAAAUGUAUAGUAGACCAAUGUCAGUUUGUAUAAAAGUACCAAGUGAAAAUAUUUAUUAUAUGCAUUGGAAAAAAUGGUUUACCUAUUGAAUGUUACCUGUUUAUGUAGAAAUCUUUAGAUGUAAUAAAAAGCAU